UUAUAAAUAAAGGAAACACUGAAGUCACAAUUCCAAGAAAAUAUUAACCAAAUUUCACUUUCAAAACACUCUUGUAAGUUUGUGAAUGAAAAUGAUGAAGCAUGUGUUAAUGAUUAAUGCAUUAACCAUGAUGGUAGGAAUAGCUGCACUUGCAGCUGAUACCUGCAAUGAUAUUAUUCACACUUGUGGAGAUGUUGAAAUUCCAUACCCGUUUGCCAUAUACAACAACAACCCGGAUUGUUUCUCCCAUCGACAAUUACUUAAGCUCUACUGCAACAAAUCCAAAAUUUAUGCGGGUAAGAACUUGCAAGUAUUAAAUAUAAACAUCUCCAAAUCUCAAAUCGAAUGGUUGUUGGAUGUCUCCAAGUAUUGUGGUAAGGAUAAUGUUAAUAAUUAUGAAAACACGCUUACCACAGCUUCUUAUACCAUUUCAAGCAAAGAUAACAAGUUCAUAACUGUUGGUAAUAACAGUUACGGUUAUCUUAACAGUUUCAGUGAUGAUGGCGGUAAAUAUUCAACAGGUUGCUUAACAAGAUCUUUUGGUGAUCCAAGAGACAUUGAUAAUGGAACAUGUUCGGGUAUAGGGUGUUGCCAAGUUGACAUUCCUCCUCGAAUGACCAAUAUAAGUGUACAAGCUUACAAUUUUAACAAAUCAUCCGAAUCUUGUAGCUACUCGUUUGUUGUAAAGAAUGAUAGCUAUACUUUUUCUUCCACUCAUUUAUCAAAAGGUUUACCUCAAAGGGAAUUUCCUGCGGUUUUUGACUGGACCAUUGGUGACGAAAACUGCUCUUCUGCCAAGAAUAAUGGAGUCAACUAUGGGUGCAAGAGCAAUAGCCACUGUGAUGACAAGGAUACAUAUUUUGGUUAUCGAUGCAAAUGCAAUCCAGGCUAUGAAGGAAAUCCUUAUAAUCCCAUUGGCUGCACAGACAUUGACGAAUGUGAAAUCGGCCCACAUGAAUGCAAAACUAAAGAAAAUUGUAGGAACACUGAUGGGAAUCACACAUGUUUUUGUCCAAAGGGGUCUUCUGGAGAUGGAACAUUGAAAGGAGGGUGUCAACAAAAUUUAAAUACAAUAGUACUUCCUAUUGUCCUUGGAGCAGGAGCAGUAUUUACUGUUCUAUUUGCGGGGAUAAUUUUCUAUUUACUAAACCAAAAAAGGAAACUUAACAAAUUGAAAGAAAAAUUUUAUAAGCAGAAUGGAGGUUCUAUUUUGGAACAGAAACUUACCCAAAGACAAGACUCAUCUCAAAUAGCUCAUAUUUUUAAAGAAAAUGAACUGAGGAAAGCCACAAACAACUAUGAUGAGAGCUUAAUCGUUGGUAGGGGAGGUUUUGGUACAGUUUUCAAAGGGGAACUAGAAGAUAAUAGAAUCGUUGCUAUCAAAAAGUCCAAAACAAUAGAUGAAAGCCAAGUCGAGCAAUUCAUUAAUGAGGUGGAUGUUGUCUCUCGAAUAAAUCACAGGAAUGUGGUUAAACUGUUGGGAUGCUGUCUAGAAACAGAAGUUCCUUUGUUGGUUUAUGAAUUUGUUAGCAAUGGCACCCUUUCUGAAUUUAUACGCACAGAAAUAGGUAAGGUGAAUAAUGUAUCAUGGAAAACUCGUCUUAAGAUAGCAGCAGAGGUAGCUGGAGCUUUGUCAUAUCUACAUUCAGCUGCCUCAGUACCUAUUAUCCACAGAGAUGUCAAGAGCGAUAACAUUCUUUUAGAUGAAACCAACACUGCGAAAGUAUCUGAUUUUGGAGCUUCAAGAUUGGUUCCACUUGAUCAAAUAGAGGUAGCCACAAUGGUGCAAGGAACUAUUGGUUAUUUAGAUCCAGAGUAUAUGCAAACAAGCCAAUUGACAGAGAAAAGUGAUGUCUAUAGCUUUGGAGUAGUUCUUGUGGAAUUGUUAACAGGGGAGAAGCCUUUUUGUGCUGGUAGGCCGGAAGAGAGAAGAAGUUUUUCUAUGUACUUUUUAUCUUGCUUGAAAAAGGAUAGUUUGCAUGAAGUUAUUCAUGAUGGUAUGUGGAAUGAAGAAAACAAACAAGAGAUCAAGGAGGUUUCUGUUCUUGCGGCAAAGUGUUUGAGACUAAGAGGAGAGGAAAGACCAAGCAUGAAGGAAGUGGCUAUGGAAUUGGAGGGACUGAGGUUAAUGAAUAAGCACUCUUGGAUCAACGAAGACAUAAAUGUAGAGGAGAGUCGGUACUUGCUUCAUGAAUCAUCUUCUAGAAUUGAUGAACUUGGUGAUAGCAGCAAACAAGGAGAUUAUGGGUAUGACAGCUUGAAAGAUCAUGUAUUGAUUGCCUUGGAUGAUGGAAGAUGAUUGUGAGACGACAAAAUGCAGUUCCCACUCGUUGUUUUAGUUUUUUUUUUCUUGCAUAUUUGAUUUUAUAAUUCUGUUGUAAUUUGAUUGUUAUAUAUUGAUUGCCUUGGAUGAUGGAAUAGUCGUAAAAAUUUAAAUAUUGUUAUUGUUA